AUGCGUCUACCAUUGUUGUCCUCGUCUAGCGCAUUGUCCCGCGCCGUUCCGCGUGCGGCUCGCAUUCCUUCGCUCGCCAGGCGCGCCUCCACCUAUCCUGCUCCUGCUGUCGAGUCCAAGGUGACCACUCUACCCAACAGGGUGCGCGUGGCCACUGAGGAUCUCCCAGGUCAUUUUCACGCUGUUGGAGUGUAUGUGGACGCUGGUUCGCGUUUCGAGAGCGCUCGCACGAGCGGUACCUCACAUCUCCUGGACCGAUUGGCGUUCAAGAGUACCGACAAGCACACGGAUGAGGAGAUGACCACAUUGAUUGACCAGCUGGGCUCGCAGAUUACAUGCUCGAGCUCACGCGAGACUAUCAUGUACCAGUCCACCGUGUUCCCGCAGUCCCUGGAGCUGGCAAUGUCCCUUCUCAGCUCGACCAUUCUCCACCCCAACCUCCUCCCCGAGGAGAUUGCGGCUCAGAAGGACGCCGCGGCCUACGAGAUCCGCGAGAUUUGGGCCAAGCCAGAGCUCAUCCUGCCCGAGAUCCUCCACACUGUUGCGUUCCAGAACAACACCCUCGGCAUGCCUCUGUUGUGUCCCGAGUCGCAGCUGGCCGUCCUUGGCGAGAAGGAGAUUCGCCAGUUUAUGAGCGACUGGUACCGCCCCGAGCGGUUGGUGGUUGCUGGUGUCGGCAUGCCCCACGAGCAGCUGUGCGAGCUCACUGAAAAGUUCUUUGGUGCCGCCAGCCCGUCUUCGUCGCUCGACAUCCCCUCUUCGUCGUUGCGUGGUGCCUCGGCGCAGCCUGCUGGUGCCAAGGGCUUUGCCACGGUCUCGGACGCCCCCACCAACCUGAGCGACGACUAUGCCAGCCUCGCCUCGGCUCGUGCUCUGUACACUGGCGGCGAGCAGUACAUCCUCAAGCCUGAGGAGGAGUUUGUGCACCUCUACAUUGGCUUUGAGGGCCUCGGCGUCCACGACCCGGACAUUUACGCAUUGGCGACGCUCCAGACUCUCCUCGGUGGUGGUGGCUCGUUCUCGGCUGGUGGUCCCGGCAAGGGCAUGUACACACGUCUGUACACCAACGUCCUGAACCGCUACCACGCCGUCGACUACUGCGCGGGCUUCCACCACUGCUACGCCGACAGCGGUCUGUUUGGCAUCGCCAUGAGCGUGUACCCGCAGUUUGCCAGCUCGGCUGCCAACAUUAUCUCGCACCAGCUCGACACCCUCACCCGUCCCCAAAAGGGCGGCAUCACGCAGAUUGAGCUGUCGCGCGCCAAAAACAUGCUCAAGAGCCAGCUCGUCAUGGCCCUCGAGUCGCGUCUGACCGCCGUCGAGGACCUGGGCCGCCAGACCCAGAUCCACGGCCACAAGGUGCCCGUCGAGGAGAUGUGCGCCAAGAUUGACGCCCUCACUCUCGACGACUUGCACCGCACCGCCACGCGUGUCCUCCGCCCGUCGUCGCGUACCGUCCCCCUCAACUAUGGUUUGGGGUCGGGCGAGGCGACUAUCGUGGCACAGGGCCAGAUCGAGGCGCUUGGAGACGUCAGGGCUACCAUCAAGCAGUGGGGCCUUGGACGCCAAAACUAG